GAGCAAAAAAGUCACAGAAACGAGUGAACUGUCAAGACGUUAUACUUUUGUUGAGAGAAUGUAGAAACAUUGAUUUUACACGUUUUAACGUUGUUUUUCUGAGAUUAUUUACUUUGUUUAUGAAGUUUUAAACUAAAAGCCGUAAAACUGUCCUAAGAUGGCAGGAACGGCACAAAAUGAGUUAUCGAUCUCCGAGUUAAAGGCGGAGAUCGAGAGGCUGAGUCGUGAACUUGACCAAGCUAGCAGCGAGAAGAUACAGUCGGCACAGCUCGGCCUGGUGCUUCUAGAGGAGAAGAGUUCCCUGCAGCUACGAUGCGACGAGCUAGAAAGUUUAUACGAGAACACAAAGCACGAAUUGGAGAUCACGCAGGAGGCUUUAAUGAAACUUGACACAACUCAAAAAGUGACAACACAAAGUGGAAUAGAACAGGAAAAUGCUCUCCUUAACGAAUCAGCGGCUAUGGAAAGUUCACUAACAUUACAAAUUAUCGAACUUGAAGGUGAAUCAAAACAGCUACGGCACGAAUUAGAUCGGGUGAUCAGCGAACGUGACCGUCUACUCGCAGAAAGUUCGGAGCUGGGUGCUGACAAGGCGACGCGUGAGUCGGAGCGAGCCGCUCUACGUGCGGAGCUUAGAGAAGCAAGGCAGCGGGAACAACGUCUUCUACUGGACAUUGGGGACUUGGAGGACGAGAAUAUUUCGUUGCAGAAGCAGGUGUCUGCGUUGCGGUCUUCUCAGGUAGAAUUCGAAGGCCUUAAACAUGAAGUGCGACAACUGCGAGAGGAGGCAGAAAUUGCGCGUGCAGCUGCCGACGAGACGGCAGCACUACGACGUAUCGCCGAGCGACAGCUGGCGGAAGCGCUGGAAGCGCUGCAGGCGGAGCGGGAGGCUAAGUUCGCCGCGAAGAAGGAACUAGACGCGCACAUUAGCAGAGAAGCGCAGUUCAACAUCACCAAUCUGGCGUACAGUAUACGAGGUAUGCCGGAGGAGGGCGCGGACGAGGAGGGCGAGGCGGGCGCGUCGGGCGCGGCGGAGCUGGCGGGCGACCACCACGCGGACCUGUUCUCCGAGGUGCACCUGCACGAGAUCUCGCGCCUCGAGAAGCAGCUCGAGCAGGCGCACAACGAAAAUUCUCAGCUUUCGACUUCACUGCGCGCAGCGCAAGCGACGGCGGAAAGCGAGAGCGCUGCGGCGGGUGCGCUGCGCGCCGGAGUCACGCGCGUGACGUCGCGCGUCGCCGCGCUGCACGCGCUGCACGAGGACUGCGCGCCGCUGGCGGAGGGCAGCGUGGCGGCCCGCGCGGCCAAGUGCCUGACGUGGUGGCGCGUGUCGGGCGGCGAGCUGGGCGCGCUGCUGACGGCGCUGCGCGAGCUGGACGCGCCGCCGGACGGCUCGCCCGCCGCGCUGCAGCGCGCGCAGCUGGCGCAGCUCAGCGACCGCGCGGCCGACGCCGAGCUGCGCUGCGCCGCGCUGCAGGCCGACGCGGACCUGCUGCGUACCCUCGCUGGAGGAGCGGGACGCGCGCUGUCUUCGGCGGCGCCGGCUCUGGCCCAGGCGGCGGAGACGCUGGCGGCGCUGUACCACCACGUGUGCGCCGUGAACGGCACGCAGCCGGAGCGCGUGCUGCUGGAGCACGCGGGCGCAGCGGAGGGCGCGGGCGGCGUGCGCAUGGAGGACGACGCGCUGGCGCUGGCGGCCGGCGAGCUGGAGGGGCUGCGCGCCGCCGGGCUCGUGGCGCGCUCCGCCGACACGCUGCUGGACCAGCUCACGCACCUGCGCGCCGCGCUCGACACCGCGCUCGACUCGCGCCACAGACACCAGCCCGUGAUGGAGGCGGAGGAGCGCGGCGCCGAGCUGGCCGAGCUACAGGAGCAGGUGAUCAAGCUCAAGUCGCUGCUGUCCACCAAGCGCGAGCAAAUCGCAACGCUGCGCACCGUGCUCAAGUCCAACAAGAACACAGCCGAAGUGGCGCUCGCCAACCUCAAGUCCAAGUACGAGACCGAGAAGACUAUCGUCACCGAGACCAUGCUCAAACUGCGCAACGAGCUGCGGCUGCUCAAGGAGGACGCCGCCACCUUCUCCAGUUUACGCGCUAUGUUCGCGGCGAGGUGCGAGGAGUACGUCACGCAGGUGGAUGAGCUCACGCAGGCGCUGUCCAGCGCCGAGGAGGAGAAGAAGACGCUCAACCAGCUGCUGCGCCUCGCCGUGCAGCAGAAGCUCUCGCUCACGCAGCGCCUCGAGGAGCUGGAGGUGGACCGCGAGAUGCGCACGCGGCGCGUGCCCAAGGCCGGCGGCGCGCGCGCGCGCGGGCGCGACUUCUAG